ACAUGCUUUGUCACUAAUGCUUUAUAAAAUGGAUAUACAAAGAUAAAGAAAUUUUACUUCAUAGUGGAGUAUUAUUAAUGUUAAGUUUUCUAAUUGUCAACCUUUAUUUAUGAAACUAGUCGAUGAAUUUUUAUCAAAUAAAAUAGUUCUUGCCAAUGAUUAUUGUUAACCUGUCAAUCUCUUGGCAACGGAAUUUGGCGCAAUUUAUUGUUUAAACUGAAGUCGGUAAUCGAUAAUAAUAUGCUGUGAAUUUCUAUUUCUUAGCUGAAUAUUAGCCUAUAUAUAAAUUUUUACUUUAUUUUAUUAGUUGUUCACAAAUUUUGUCUAUUUUUAAUAUAAUAAUGUUAGUUAAUAAAGAUAAAACAUCUGUUGGUUCAACUCAAUCAAAGGGUCAAAUUCAGGUAAUAUUCGGGCCAAUGUUCUCUGGGAAAACGACAGAAUUAAUUCGGCGGUUGAGACGUUAUCAAAUUGCAAAGCAUAAAUGCUUAAUUGUGAAAUACGCUAAUGAUGUUCGCUAUGAUGCUGUAAGCAUAGCAACACAUGAUAGGCAAUGCUUAUCAGCAAUUUCUGCAACAACUUUAACAGACUUAGAAAACAUUGCAUCCAAUUAUAGUGUAAUUGGAAUUGAUGAAGGACAAUUUUUUCCAGAUACUGUUCAAUUUGCUGAAAAAAUGGCAAAUAAUGGAAAAGUUGUUAUAGUGGCUGCAUUAGAUGGUACAUUUCAAAGAAAAGAAUUUGGAGACAUACUUUUACUGGUACCAUUGGCUGAAAGUGUAAUUAAGUUAACUGCAGUAUGUAUGAUAUGCUUUGAGGAAGCAUCAUUUACAAAAAGAAUUGGAAAUGAAACUGAGCUUGAAGUCAUUGGCGGUACAGAUAAAUAUAUGGCUGUGUGUCGACGUUGCUAUACUUCAGACCCAAUCCGAAAUUCAUCGAUGCCCUUGUGUGAAUCAUCUCCCAAGAAACAAAAAGUUGACUGCUGUACUUGAGUUUGCAUUUUAUAAAGUUCAUUUGUUUUUACAUUUAAUAAACGUGUGUAUUGCUCGCUAUUCAGCCCGGUCAUGAAAAAAAAAAAAUCAUUAGCAUUUUUAUAUAUUUUAUUACAUAUGACUAUUAUUUUUAAUAAAGAAAAUGUUUAUUAUA